AAGGUUAUCCACAAACCGCCAAGUUGACAUGGCAGAUUCUCAAGUUGACAACACUUCGCUUAUCACACUGCCUGAUCAAUGGCUCUGCCCGACUCCAGGUACAUUAAUUCAGGUUGCAUUGCAGAAGGAGUUCAUUUCAUCGCCCUCCGACGUGUCGCACUGUGGGAGUCCGAGAGCCUUAUAAGCCUAGGCGUCCUUGAUCAAGUUGUUCACUCCUUUUUUCAUCCACCCUUUGUAAAGCACGCAUCCAAUGAUCAGCAAGGACUCAUUUAAUAGUACCUGCACCAACGUGGAGUUGUCAUGCAUCCCCAAGGAUACCAGUGGCAUUGAGCGCAUUAUGCUCGCUGCUCAAGGUGACCUGCAGCGACUUCUGAGCUCAUUUUUUGCUCGGCCCAUAUUUAUUGAGCUCGUAUAUGCCAAUGGCUUGCCACGGGCGAGACCGGCAUCGCCUGAGCAUCCUAUAACCCAGUCACGGCAGGUACAUCUCGUCUGUGCUUCUCAAAUCGUCUGCACUGCUACAUCGAACGUUACCAUCACAAACCCCGAUUUCGAACGUCUAUUCCUGGACGACAAAUACCCCAUUGGCCAAACAUUCCGCAUGAUGCAACGCAACCCACAAUUUUCCCUCCUUGACGUCCAGACACAGGUCGUCGGUGGCAAGCGAGAACUCAGCAGGGUGUAUACGCUUGAGACGGAAGGUUUCCUAUGCGAGAUCCUCGAAGUGUUCCCUGAUAGGGACAUGUUCGUUCGCGGAGAGGCAUGGUUUUCUGAGAGCAAGCUCGAGCUUGAAAACAGUUGUUCUGUGAAGAGUCAGGAUAUCAAGCCCUUGUGGCUUCCUGUCAGCAAGGGUAACACUGUCCACUAGGGACUUGCUUAGACACAUGGCUUUCUUCACUAUUGUCAUACUAUUACGAUAUUUGGCUUGUUUCGAGGUGCUUGCGCCUCCUGUACAUAUAUAUACUUCAUAAAAUACCUACGACUGCUAGCAUACAUUUUCAUAACUUGGAUAAAUUUACACAUUUCUCAACUCGAUGUAUAUAGUAGCCACCCGCUUGCAAUUUUUGAAUACUCAUUCUUCCCCGAAAG